GUAACACCCAGGCGCCGGAAAGGACGUCGUUGCUGGCUGGCCCGGUGUGACGACACAAAUAGCGACCCUCCCCUGUUGCAUCUGGGUUCAGUUUCCGCCAGGCAAACAUGACUAUCUUGGCUACUGCUCUCGAGCUGUUCAUGUCGUUACGCCGGCGCUGAAGGCUCCGGACUAGUCUCAGGGCGGGCGGCUUCGCCAUGGAGGAGUACUGCGGGUUCCGCGUGUCGGCCGUGUGCCUGGACGAGCCCCCCAACAGCCGCGUGUUCCUGGUGCUGGGGAAGGACACGGGGGAGGCGCUGAUCCGGGAGCGCUUCGCCCCGUUCGGGGAGAUCCAGGACAUCUGGCUGGUGCGGGACAAGCGCACCCACGAGUCCCGCGGCAUCGCCUUCGUCAAGUUCGCCCGCAGCUCGCAAGCCUGCCGGGCCAUGGAGGAGAUGCACGGCCGGAGCCUGGCGCCCGACACCAAGGCCAUCAAGGUGUUCAUUGCCCAGUCCAGAGCUUCUGGAAGCCACCGAGAUGUUGAAGAUGAAGAGCUUACACGCAUCUUUGUUAAGAUACCAAAGUCCUAUACAGAGGAAGAUCUGAGGAAUAAGUUUAAGGUGUAUGGAGACAUUGAAUAUUGUAGCAUUAUUAAGAAGAAGACCACAGGAGAAAGUAAAGGUUUGGGCUAUGUGAGGUAUUUAAAACCAUCCCAAGCUGCCCUUGCAAUAGAAGAGUGUGAUCGAAUCGGUUUGGACAUCUUAUAGAAGUUUACCUUGUGUUAGGAAAAAAUGUGGGCUAUGCUAAGUUUGCAGACAGAACAAGUGCUAGCGAUGCCAUAACUGCAUUACAUGGCAAGAUUGUGAAUGGUGUCAGGCUUAAAGUAAUGUUGGCAGAUUCCCCUGCAGAAGAAUCUAACAAACGUCAAAGAACUUACUGACCUCAUGGAGCAGAGAUUAAUUAAUGGCAUGACCCUCAGCUGACUGACUGAAAACCAUGACUAGACACGGUUCCUGUGGACAGUGACAGCUUUUUGUACUGUUAGCUGAUGUUUGUGGAGGGAAAAACACUUUAUUUUAAAAAAACCCAAAAUACAGAAUGUAGUUUAAAUCUACAAUUAGCCAACGUUUUUAAUUGUAAACUGAUAUUUGUUGUAGCAGUCUGUCAUUCUAUAUUAGAGAAAUAAAAUUUUUUUGUUUAAA